AUGGAUCCCCAUGUCGAAGAAGAAACCACUGCCAGCCUGAACAGCACAACCCACGCCCUGUCCACCCUCGCCCUCCACGCCGACGACAUCCUCAACUCAACAACAGACGUCGCCCCAGCCCUCCACGUCUCCACGACCUUCCGCUACCCGGAGAACCCAGACGACCUGGUCCCGAUCAACGGCGACGAGAACCCUACCCUCGCAAACCCAACCCACAUCUACUCCCGCGUCUCCGCCCCAACCUCAACCCGCCUCGAAACAAUCCUCUCCGCCCUCCUGCACGCCCCGGUCCUCGCCUACACCUCCGGCCUCGCCGCCUUCCACGCCUUGCUCGUCUACCUCCACCCCAAAACCGUCGCCAUCUCCGGCGGCUACCACGGCUGCCACGGCGUGCUGGGCAUAUACCGCAAACUCACCGGCUGCAAGGUUGUAGACCUCUUCGCUGACGACGAAGCCUGGGAUGCAGCGGGCUUGGGGAAGGGGGACUUGGUGCACGUCGAAACACCCGUUAAUCCCACCGGCGAAGCACGCGAUUUAGCGUUCUUUGUGAAGAGGGCGAGGGAGCGCGGGGCAUGGGUGUCCGUCGACGCGACGCUCGGCCCGCCGGGAUUGCAGGAGCCGUUUGGGGCGUAUGGAGUUGAUGUGGUGAUGCAUUCUGGGACGAAGUAUAUUGGGGGGCACAGCGAUUUGUUGCUUGGGGUGCUGGCGGUGAGGCGGAGGGAGUGGGUUGAGGGGUUGGGUGUGGAGAGGGUUUUCCUGGGGGCUGUGCCGGGGAGUAUGGAGGCUUGGCUUGGGAUCAGGGGGGUGAGGACGCUGGAGUUGCGGGUGCGGAGGCAGAGUGAGAGUGCGGAGAGGCUGGUGGGGUGGUUGGAUGGGUGUUUAAGGGGGGAGAGUCAGGGGGUCAAAGGGGAGGAUGGCAAGGGGGAGAAAGAAGACGAAGAAGAAGAAGCAGCAAUCGUAAGGUCAUGCGUGCACAGCGUCCAGCACGCCAGCCUCCAGAAAGCAGACAUGCACUGGCUCAAGCAGCAAAUGCCCGGCGGCUUCGGCCCCGUCUUCGCAAUCAACAUGAAGACUGCCGGCGCGGCGCGCGCCCUGCCCUCGAAGCUGACGCUGUUCCACCAUGCCACCAGUCUGGGCGGAGUGGAGAGCCUGAUCGAGUGGCGGCGCAUGAGCGACGAAGGCGUGGACGAGCGGCUGUUGCGCGUGAGUGUGGGGAUCGAGGACUGGGUUGAUUUGAAGGGGGACUUGGUGCGUGGGUUCAGGGCGUCGACUGUAUAG